GGCCGCAGUGCUCGGGCGCCACCCGCCCUGAGCGGCGGCCCCGCCGACGACCCCGCCGCCGAGCCGGCCCGGGAGACCGCCCGCCGCUCCCCAGCGCCGUCCCCGCCGGCAGCCCGGCGCCCGGAGAAACAUGAUUCCGGUAACAGAAUUCCGGCAGUUCUCUGAGCAGCAGCCUGCCUUCCGCGUGCUGAAACCGUGGUGGGAUGUGUUCACCGACUACCUCUCGGUGGCGAUGCUGAUGAUCGGGGUGUUUGGAUGUACACUCCAGGUCAUGCAAGACAAGAUAAUCUGCCUUCCAAAAAGAGUUCAGCCUUCUCAGAAUCACUCUUCCGUUUCAAACGUCUCUCAAGCAGUUGCCAGCACCACCCCGCUGCCUCCCCCUAAACCAUCUCCUACCAACCCCGCCACUGUGGAAAUGAAAGGACUAAAGACAGAUUUGGAUCUUCAGCAGUACAGUUUCAUAAACCAGAUGUGUUAUGAGCGAGCCCUCCACUGGUAUGCCAAGUAUUUCCCUUACCUUGUCCUCAUCCAUACCCUGGUCUUCAUGCUCUGCAGCAACUUCUGGUUCAAAUUCCCUGGCUCCAGCUCCAAAAUAGAACAUUUCAUCUCCAUCCUGGGCAAGUGUUUUGACUCUCCGUGGACCACCCGGGCUUUAUCAGAAGUGUCUGGGGAGGACUCAGAAGAGAAGGACAACCGGAAGAACAACAUGAGCAGGUCCAACACCAUCCAGUCUGGCCCAGAAGGCAGCCUGGUCAACUCUCAGUCCCUAAAGUCAAUUCCCGAGAAGUUUGUGGUUGACAAAUCCACUGCAGGAGCUCUGGAUAAGAAGGAAGGGGAGCAAGCAAAGGCCUUGUUUGAGAAGGUAAAGAAGUUCAGGCUGCACGUAGAAGAAGGCGAUAUACUGUACGCUAUGUAUGUUCGCCAGACUGUCCUUAAGGUCAUAAAAUUCCUCAUCAUCAUUGCCUAUAAUAGCGCCCUGGUCUCCAAGGUUCAGUUUACGGUGGACUGUAAUGUCGACAUUCAGGACAUGACUGGAUAUAAGAACUUUUCUUGUAACCACACCAUGGCACACUUGUUCUCCAAACUGUCCUUCUGCUACCUGUGUUUCGUAAGUAUCUACGGAUUGACGUGCCUUUAUACCUUAUAUUGGCUGUUCUACCGUUCUCUACGGGAAUACUCUUUCGAGUAUGUCCGGCAGGAGACUGGAAUUGAUGAUAUUCCAGAUGUGAAAAAUGACUUUGCUUUUAUGCUUCAUAUGAUAGAUCAGUACGACCCACUGUAUUCCAAGAGAUUUGCGGUGUUCCUGUCGGAAGUGAGCGAGAACAAAUUAAAACAGCUGAACUUAAAUAACGAGUGGACUCCCGACAAACUGAGGCAGAAGCUACAGACAAACGCCCACAACCGGCUGGAACUGCCUCUGAUCAUGCUCUCUGGCCUUCCAGACACAGUUUUUGAGAUCACGGAGUUGCAGUCUCUCAAGCUUGAAAUCAUCAAGAACGUGAUGAUACCCGCCACCAUCGCGCAGCUGGACAAUCUCCAGGAGCUCUCGCUGCACCAGUGCUCUGUCAAGAUCCACAGCGCAGCCCUCUCUUUCCUGAAGGAAAACCUCAAGGUCUUGAGCGUCAAGUUUGAUGAUAUGAGGGAGCUGCCCCCCUGGAUGUAUGGGCUCCGGAAUCUGGAAGAGCUCUAUCUGGUUGGCUCUCUAAGUCAUGAUAUUUCCAGAAAUGUCACUCUUGAGUCUCUGCGGGAUCUCAAAAGCCUUAAAAUCCUCUCAAUCAAAAGCAACGUUUCCAAAAUCCCCCAGGCAGUGGUGGACGUUUCCAGCCACCUCCAGAAGAUGUGCAUACAUAACGACGGCACCAAGCUGGUGAUGCUCAACAACUUAAAGAAGAUGACCAAUCUGACAGAGCUGGAGCUGGUCCACUGCGACCUCGAACGCAUUCCCCACGCCGUGUUCAGCCUGCUGAGCCUCCAGGAACUGGACCUCAAAGAGAAUAACCUGAAAUCUAUAGAAGAAAUCGUUAGCUUCCAGCACUUGAGGAAGUUGACAGUGCUAAAACUGUGGCACAACAGCAUCACCUACAUCCCAGAGCAUAUAAAGAAACUCACCAGCCUGGAGCGCCUGGCCUUCAGCCACAACAAAAUAGAGGUGCUGCCCUCCCAUCUCUUCCUAUGCAACAAAAUCCGAUACUUGGACCUGUCCUACAAUGACAUUCGGUUCAUCCCACCGGAGGUCGGAGUCCUACAGAGUUUACAGUAUUUUUCCAUCACGUGUAACAAAGUGGAGAGCCUUCCAGAUGAACUCUACUUCUGCAAGAAACUUAAAACCCUGAAGAUUGGGAAAAACAGCCUAUCGGUACUCUCACCGAAAAUUGGAAACUUAUUAUUUCUUUCCUAUUUAGACGUGAAGGGCAAUCACUUUGAAAUCCUCCCUCCCGAACUGGGUGACUGCCGGGCCCUGAAGCGAGCCGGGCUCGUGGUGGAGGAUGCUCUGUUUGAAACUCUGCCUUCCGAUGUCCGGGAGCAAAUGAAAGCAGAAUAACUGAUUUUUUGCUUUAAAGCUUGACCGAAACACGCUUCUACCAAAUACAGUAUAAAUAACUAGGUAGUCUUGAUGCCUUUCCUAUUUUAUUUUAUUUUUUUCCUCUUUCACACAAAACAAAAUGUACACAAGAUUGAGUAAGGAGUGUGUAUUUUUUAAUAAAAAUUUAAUUGUAUUUUUUCAACAUUAAUAUUUUAAAGUUUUAUUUGUCCUGGAACCUGAUGUAUCUAUUAUUGUUUUCUACUGACAGAAACAGAUGGUUCCAUCUGUUUGUUUGUUUUUUUUUUUUUUUGUCAUUUCAUUCUUAUGGGAGGGAAUCUUGAGUUGCAUGCUUUUUGGUAUUUUUGAAAGAGAUAUUUUGCCAAUGCCAUUUUUAGCUUGUUUACACCUGUACAGGGUCCUUACUUUUGUUUUCAUCAUGUAUGCGCCAAGGAGUCUGUGCUAAUUCUUGUAAUACCAGCUGCCUUCUGCAUUGGCCAAGUCCUUCAUCCUACAGAACACUCCUCUCUGGAGUGUAAAUUCACAUAAGUGCAUUGUCACAGACUGUUGUUUUUAAAAUUACUCUUCAUCUCCAACAGAACCCUGAAUUGUGUUAUUUCAUAUACCUGACAGUCAAUGUGAUAUCGUUAGGCUAGGAUUUCAUAAGUGAGUGAAAACAAUGAUCUUCCAUGGCUGACUGAUCUGAAUUGGUCAUUUAUAAUCUAACUUGCAUUUCCACCAACAUUUCAAAGAUAUCAUUUUAAAAACAAAAUACAGAGGCUCCCCUCCCCCCACCUUUAAUAUUGCUAUGUAGUACUGGUGAACAACCUUAGAGAAGCUAGAUUUAUUUUAAUUAAAAUAGGUAAUUAAAUUAAAAAUCAGAAUCAGAAGCCUGGUUUUUAAGUAAUUUAAUUAUCUUUUAUAUCUUGAUAUGUGGGUACAUCAGAGAGAAAGAAAAUUCACUGCUUAAGCGCUCUCUGAAAGAGCUGGUGCGCUGUACUCAAGUGCACUGGGUGCCAGGGUGGGGUGGCCAUCUAUUCAGAUUUUCCCUGUUAUGCAGAAUAAUCCACAUCUAUGAAAUGGGGUGGGGUGGCCAUCUAUUCAGAUUUUCCCUGUUAUGCAGAAUAAUCCACAUCUAUGAAAUGGAUCUUCCGAAAUCCUGCCCUUGCUACGGAUGCUAGUGAUGUGAGCACAGGACAUCUGCUUUUUGGCUUAAAAUAAGCAUCUCAUCUAAAAUGGUUCUGUGACUUUUUUCAAAAGGGGUGAAUAAAUUGCUAAGUGGAUGCCACUUAGAAAUCAUUUUUGUCUGAUGGUCAGCAGAGCUUUUAUUUAUCUUCGUAUUUAAGCCAACGUAGUAUAUGCAUCUUGGGCAAAAUCUGCUAUUGAUUCUUAAGCUGUGUAGAACAGGAAAAUGAAAACACUUAUUUGUGCCCUCAACCCGUGACCAGUAUUACGGAUCAUAGGAAUAUUGUCUUAUGUGAUAAAUUCACACUGACUGUUUUCGGAACUCUAGUCUGAUCUAAGAGAGUUUUGUGACUUAACAAUGAAAGAAAAUAGAAAGAUGAUUUGGGGUUUCAAAAUACUGCUUUUAAAUUUUGCUCCUUGAUCCUGGUGAUUUUGCGCAGUGCUGCUUGGAGUCAUAUACAGAGUCAUAUACAGAACUACUCAGCACAUACAUGUACCUCAGUCACGUUUGAAAUGCUAGGAGACGUCGUGGAGUGAAGGAUUUGGGAAAGAGAUGCUUUCAUUUGUUUAGUAAUGAAAUCAUGUAGUCCAGAUUGCUUUAUUGUUUCUGCUCUAUGUCAGAGUGUUGGAACAGUGGAUUUUGUAUAACUUAUUUCCCACCUAGAAUUGAAAUGAUAUGUUUAAAAUAGUCACAUGGCUAUGUUUCUUAUAGGAGACAAUAUUCAAUUCCAGAAUAUGGUUAGGAUCUUGAUUAUGAACAAUGGGUUGUAUUUAGAAACACAGCCCUCUUUGUUUUAAACAAACAAAAGACUUGGAAGAUUCUCCAUGGCUGAGCAUGACAGAAAUACCCUGUUGAAAGGUAAGCUUAAAUAACUACUGUUACAACACUGGGUGCACUAUUUUUCUGGAUAAAAUUUAUAGUUAUUUUCUAUAUCACCCUUUGAAAGGGAUCUAUUCAGGUUAAAAAUCAUAUUUAUGCUGAAGUCUUUAUCUGGUAUUAAUUCAUGUCACAGGGGUUCAUAACCAAAGUGACUAGUAGUUUUAUCACUUGUAAACUUUGCUCACAAUUCCAAAAGACUCUGAUUUGUUUUCUUAAUGAUUUCACAGGCUGACCCCUAACCUAAAUUCUAAAUAACAUCCAGUAAAUCAGUAUUGUUCUAUGACUUUAUGUUUUAACUAAGAAGGAAAACUCAUAGAUGUUUCUAUUAGAUUUUAUAAAAAUUCAAAAGUCUCCAAUUCCAUCUUGAGUCUCAAUUUUCUGACUCUGGCCCUUUUCAAUAUUACAAGUUUUUGUUCACAUUUAUAAGCAAAAAGUAUUCAAUUACAUUUAGCCUUUAAAUGGGAAACUCAGGUAAAUGAACUGCUGACUUUUCUAAAGUCCUUUAAUGGAUCAACUCAGUGUAAAAGGGGUAUUUACCUAUUCCCUUUCUGUAUUUUACAAGUGCUCUUGCUAAAUAAAAAGGAACAACUAGCUCUAUUUCUCCAACCUCUGUAGGAUUCAUGAGAAGCUGCUUAUGUAAAUAUAAAAGCACCACAUGUACUCAUAUCUCCUAUGGCUGCUUGAGGCCCAUGAUGGGUAUACUUUUGGGUCAGUUUUAAUGGUUAAGUAUAGAACAGGUCUCCGGUGAUGGUCUGGUUGAAGCAGAGCAUAUAAUUAUACCCCAGUGGAACUCACCUAAGACCACACCUCAGAAAACUAAUUAUGUAUGAGGUUUUUGCUUUGUUUUGUUUUUAACACAACACUUUUAAUACAUAAGUGUUCUUGAUACAGUGAGACAACUGUAAAUUUUUCUUGUCGUUCACUCACCUUUUCCCUGCCAUUACAUUUCCCAUGUAGCUACUGCAAAGACUUCCAGCAAUUUACAUGGCAUCCUGUUCAGCAGCACUGCAUUUUCAGAAAGGCCUGGAAAAUAUGCCUGCAAUGAGUAUUUUGUUCAUUCAGAGGUGCCUCUUUAUCUGCCUCUCAAGCUGUCUUCUUAGAGAGGAUCUUAAACAACCUGGAAUCUUUCUCGGGUUACUUGGGGUGAGGAAAGUCCAAGUUCUUGCAAUAUGCUGUCUUAUGAUUUCUGAGAUGAAGAAAGAGAAGACAGAUUCUUUGUGUCUCUUCUUACCAUUUCCCCCAAGAGGAGUUUUGCUAUUGUUUGUUUUUCUAUUUCUAUUGUUUUUAAAAAGUCCAUUUUUAAGUAGUUUAUUCGACUCUCUAAUUUCUUACCAAAGCCCUGAUUAAGAGUCAUGCUAUAUUUACUUAAACAGUGAACACUCAUGAUCCAUCUUUACGAAUGAAAAUGGUCAGCAGCACUUAGCAGUGAAUGGAUAAGAUAAAUUUUAAUAUAAUUUCCACUUGUGUUCUCCCAUUAAUACUGAAUGUGAUAAUGCUAGCCAAGCAGUUCACAUUUUUGGUAGGGUCUCAAGAACUCACGGUAGAUUCCUGUAGUCACCCUAAGUUAGUAAGACAAGUGAACAAAACAGCCCAGUUACGAGUGAGGGAAAUGCUACCAUUGAUUUAUCAGAUUUAGUGCUCGCUUUGGCAGCACAUGUACUAAAAUUGAUUUAUCAGAUUUAGGCCUCAGCGACAUGCUUCUAGUACAAUUUCAUACCAGCCUUUCAAACUAGGUGUCCACUCUUACUGCCUCUUCCCAGAGCCAUGUACUGACACAGGUAAUAUCCUUAAAUUCUGGGGAGAGGGAAGAGUGUCCUCUGGCCCAGGGAUUUUUUUUUUUUUAAUCAGAAGACCUUGAAAAGGGGUACUUUGAACAACUUAACCUGUUGGCCAUGUUAAGUAACGGUUCCUAUGCAUGGUUUUAAAUGUAAGUACAGAUUUGCUCUCUGCUGAAUACUGUUUCCUCCCCGACCUGACUGCCUCUCCAAUGAGUAUUUUUACUGGAGUUGAAACUCAAUGCCUUAUGUGCUCACUUAGUUGUUUCUUUUUACUGCUACUUAUUUUCUCUCACUCUCUGUCCAGAUUGUGUCAAAUGCUGGUAAAACCUCUAAGACUGUCAAGAAAAUGCUUGAGAGUCGAUUCAUCGAAGCGCAAAUUCCCGACAAAAUGUCUUCAUGUUAUUUGGCUAUGUAGCACAUAGGAACAGAAAAUAACGGAAAUAAAGUCAUUUUUGUAAUUCAAAA